UGUACGAUUGCGAUAAUGGCAUUCAAUAUACACAUAUCUGGACCAAAAAUGAUUAUGCAUAACAAAACAAUAGCAGAAAUGUUUGUAAAUCAAUUGAAUAGCAAUGAAGGUCUUUUUGGUAUCGACUGUUCUACUGGUAAAGAGUAUGGUUAUCCAAAACUGAAAAAAGACGUUUUAGCAAUGGUUACUGCAUUUCAAAAACAUGAUCUUGGACACGGAGACGUCGUAAUGAUUAUAGACUAUGGCUCGUACGAAGGGCAAGUAGUUAUAUUAGCUGGAAUGUUGAUCGGAGCCACUAUAGCUGCAUUGGAUCCUAGUUUAAGAAAAAGUGUCUUGAUAUCGCUUAUUAACGAAUCCAAGCCAAGCGUAGUGUUUUGUAAUACGUUUAGUAUAAAUAUAAUAACAGAUAUUUUAAAUAAUAUUACGCAUCAACCGAUAUUGAAAAUUUCUACUAUGGUUCAUGAUGGUUUUACUACUUAUUUGAAUAUCGUUGUUUUAGCGGAAGAAAUUUUGUUCGUCCAUCCGAUAAAAUCAAAAAACACAAGAGGCCCAUGUGCUAUUAUUUUUUCGAGUGGCACUACAGGUACUCCGAAAGGAGUAUAUUUGUCGGACGACGCUAUGAAAUCAGCUUUAAUAUCGUUCAAGCAGUCAUUGAUGGAAGAACCUAUCGAAAACAAGUUUAUGAUUACUUCUCCUUUAUUUUGGUACACGGGAAUAUUAUUAAUGAUGCUCGGUAUUCAUUUUGGCAAACCAAGACUAUUCUUUUCGACAAAGUCAACCGUUGAACAAAUACUUUGUUCAAUAGACAAAUUUAAACCAACAUUUAUGAUGACUGGUGUAGCCGCAAUCAAUGAAAUGAUGUCAUGUCAAAUGGCGAAUGGUCACAAGUAUAAUAUCCAGAGUUUAACGACAUGCGUGGUUGGUGGGUCUCCGAUGCGAGCUGAUUUACAAAGGAUUGUGGUGAACAAUUUACUGCAGGGAAGGAUACCGAUCAAACAAGGAUACGGUGCUUCUGAACAGGGUAUUAUAGCCGUUUGGUCUAUGGAUUCGGAUAUAGGUACCGUCAGAGACGGAUCAGUCGGGAGACCAGCUGCUGGUAUAAAAAUCAAAAUUGUUAGCUUGGAAACUGGUAAAUGUGUUGGCCCCAAUAUUGAAGGCGAAAUUUAUAUUAAAUCGGUGUCCAAUAUGGAAGGAUAUGUCAACGAUAUGAAAAAAACGAUUUGUUCGUACGACGAGGACGGUUGGUUCAAGAGCGGUGAUGUUGGAUACUACACAGAAGAUUGCUGUAUAUUCAUUGUCGGUCGAAUUAAAGAAUUGAUGAUUUACAAGGACCAGAGGAUUGCACCGAUUGACAUAGAAACCGUUUUAUUAAGUCAUCCUGCCGUACUUGAUGCCGGGGUGACGGGCAAAUAUAGUGUCCAUGGAGAUUUGUUGAUAGGAGUUGUCAAAGUCAAACCUGGUCAAAAUAUCGAACCCGAUAGUCUCAUAUCAUAUGUUAAUGAUAGAGUGAGAGACCACGAGAGACUGCGCGGUGGCAUUAUAUUCGUAGACGAUGUGCCUAGAUCUCCGUCCGGUAAAUUGAAACGAGAAGAACUUCUAAAUCUCAUAAAAUAAAACUGUAUUUUUACACAGUUUAUUAUUAUCGAUCAAAAGAACAUAACAGCAUAAUACGUAACUUUUUUUACACGGUAUACGAAUGGUUAACAGUUUACAUAUACACAAUAAUUAAUAGAAAAUAAACCUAUUUUUUUAUACUAAUCGCAUUAAUUGUAUGUAUAAUAUCAUACUUGUAUUUUAAUAUUUUAUAAGAGUAAAAAUUAUUUUAGUGGAGUAAUUACUAAGCGUUGCUUGAAAUUUGAAUUGAAAAACAAUUAGAUAAGGGUUGGGAAAGUGUAAAAAAUUAAAAAUGUCACAUUCUAUAAAACUUUUGAUAUAAAAAAAAAAAUUAAUUUUAAUAUAAAAAAAGGUAGGUAAGCGGAAAAGGGUCAUUACUAUAAGUCUAUUAAAUUAGAAUUUAACGAUACAUCAUUGUAUUUAAAAUGAUUCUGAGGAAAAAUGAUUUAUCAGCUUAC